CCCAUCAGCAGCCCAAAUCGUGGGCUGACUUGGACCAGAUUUGGGUCGACCCAAUCAACCACUUGGGUCAACCUUGGUCUUGGUUCUCCUUGUGUAAACCCUUGUUGGUACUGCAUCAUCUUCAAGCUUUGAUUGGCAUCUAAUUGUGCUUCAUAUUCAUGAAAUAAACUCUCAUACUGCACUUCCUAAUUCAGCUUUGAUUGACAUCUUAUUGUGCUUCAUAUUCAUGAAAAUAAACUCCCAUACUGCACUUCCUAGUUCAGUUUUUAACUUUUUAUUAAUUUAAGUUUUUGUUAAAGAGUGUUCAUGAUAGGCGGAGUGUCCCAAUCGUGCUAUGAGUUGAGACUUAGAGUUAGAGUCUUAGUAGGUUUUCUAUCAAGACUCUACUUAUUGGAUUAUAAAUAAAGAUGAGCACCACUAUAGCCAAUUACACAAAACUAUCUGAUGUAAGACUAGAUCACAAAGGACCUAAUCCCAAGCAGACUCUGAAAAAUCUGGCUAAAUAGGGAUAAAUAUGAGAUCUCACAAACCAUAGCUUAGAUGGAGCUGAAACUUGGCGUAGAUGAAGGUCCUCUAUGGGUCAACAAGUUCUCAAAGAUGAGACAAUUUUGGUGGUUGAACUGAGAGUUAUGCUGUUGACAUGAAUUAGGAAACUUUUGACAAUUUUCGAUAUGUUGAGAUUUCAGCCUCCAAUGAACCUCAAAUUUGGACCAAAGGUCCCUCGUGUGAUGCCUGACUAUCCUUCAAAAGAUGACCCUCAACAGAUGGCUUAGGAAGUUAUGCUCGAAGAAUGAAAAAGGAGACUUUAUGGAAGUUCUGUAGCAAUAGCAGCAGUUACAGGCCUUGGUUGGCCUUCAAACUAGGGUCGAAGGUAUCCCUUGGUGGCCUCAACAAAACCCUAAAAGAGGUCAACUAAUGGCUGGCUGGGCUGAGAGAUAUUGAAGAAAUCGAUCAGGCAGCAAAACCCUGACAGAUCCAAUUGGUUAUGUCCUCUUAAGCUGAUUAUGGUAUAUGAUCUGUAGGUGCUUUGGGUCUUCAAAUAGUCUGUAGGGCAACCAUCUUUUGGAGCUAGAGUCGAAGAUUAUUGCAGAGCGUGGCUUGAGGUCUUUUGGAGCUUCAGAAGUAGAUUACUGUAGGGAAUUAGCUGAACCUCAACUAAUGUUCGUCUUACUCUAUUCUUCCUCGCCCCUUCUAUCCAAAUCCUUCCAAAAGAAAGGAUUAGCCAUCCUUUAGAUGCCCUUGCACAAUGUCGAGAGCUGAAGCAAUUGCCUGAAAUUGACAUAUUUGGCAACGGAACUCCAUUUCUGUGUGCUCGCUUUUGCAUUUCUACAUAUUUUUCUGAUGGUUCUUUCUGUAUAGCUUUUCAUGAUAUAUGAUCACAUAUAAGAUUUCUGAGGGAUUAUUGAUGUGGCUUUCAAGAUUAUCAGCAUUUUGGACUUUUUCAUAGAAUAUCUGUAUUUGAUAUGAUUCAACUCUUAGUAUGAAUAAAUACAGUGGGUGUGUUCUGCUUUAAGUAUUGUAUGUGAUGAAAAACAAAAUUGUUUGUUCAUUGCUGGGAAUAUAGAUGCUUUCUCUUAUUUCCCCCAGAAAGGAUACUCUUCUUCGAAUAUUUUGGAUUUUAGCUUGAAAUCUGAAUUUGGUUUCAUUGGGACAUGAUUAUGCUACAGUGCAUGACUGAUGGCUGAAAUUCUUCAAAUCCAGUUUAAUUUUGCUCUUUUGAUUCUUGUUUUAAGGUUCAGCGUAUUACAUUCUGAAUUUGUUUCAUGUUGAGGUAAACACAUUUUUUUUUUUUUGAAAAUGACCUCAAUUUCAGGUAUAGUAGCAGUAUAAUAUUGAAGCUUUUGAGUGUGCCCACUGUUUUUGUGCUUUUUACUGCAUGCUUGUCUGUUACACCUGUCAGUUGACUAUGAGAACAGUACACACCAGCAAUGGAUUACUGACCCCCAAACACCCCCCAAAGAAAAAAAGACUGGUAAAGAUAGAACAUGUGGGGAAUGUGAUCCAGCAUUAACAGUUGCCACUUGGCGGUCUCUGUGUGGUGCUCUGAAGAUUUUAUAUUUUUGUAUCAUAUAUUUGCUGUCCAAAAUAACGAUACAAUAAAGAGGGUUAAAAUCAUGUUAUGAUGGACUUUUAGUAGGGGAUAUCUUCCUGAUGGAAGUAAUCCAGUAUUCCAGUUGAUGUGUUCCUAUUCUGUGUAUGGCCUUUUGUGCUGGUCUGCUGUUGGUAUUGUGUCCUGGUAUAAAGUAGUUGGAAUCUUACGUGUUUCUUGAACAAUUUAGUCGUUCAGAACUUUCUUUUGAUAUUUUUAGCAAUAUACACUCGAACAAAACUAUGCAGAUACUUUGCAAUACUGAAAUGAACUCAAAAAGGGGAGGUGGCAAGCAAUCCCUUGUUGGUAAUGUUAGUUCAUCGACCAAAGGUAAAAAUGUGAGCCCUCGGUAUGGGCAGCCAUCGGGAGGCUCUGGUUCUGCUAACAACAGCCCCAAGGUGGACCAGCUGAGUCAUGAUGUCGCAGAUAUCAGCCUGGAUAAUGCAGAAGAUGGUGAGUGGGAGGUUUGUGCAAGGAAGUCCAAGAACCGAGGAGGAACUGGUGCAAAAGCAAAACCAUGGAGCCCUCAGAGCCCUGGUCCUAAAGCGUGGGGCCAACCAGAUACAGCACAGAAGCUUGGCCUGGCCAGUAAUGGUGGAAAAGGUAGGAGUCCUGGUGGUGCGUGGCAGACACAGGUUGCUGAACCUAGGAGACCAGCUGCUGGAUGGGGAAACCCAAAGGCCAAUUCAUCUAAUAGAGGAUGGGAGAAUGCUUACGUGGCACCACUUCCUUAUGUACCUCCUCCUUUACCACAUGGAUGGCAAUGGGCCAAUCGAGCUGGUGGACAACAGAGGGCGUCAGAAGAUCAGGGAAUUGAUGACACCUCUAAACUUCAUGCAGGAUCUGCUGGGGAAGACAAUUAUGGGUCUGAUAUGAGUUCUCAUCAUCAUCCCAUUGAUGUUGAUGAUGAUGAUGAUGAUAUACUAAGUGAUGAUUAUGAUUCUGAUGAAAGCGAAAAAAGCCAUGAGACACUCAAGAAGAGCAAGUGGUUCAAGGUAUUCUUUGAUGCCUUGGACAAUUUGACCAUUGAACAAAUAAAUGAACCGAUGAGGCAGUGGCACUGUCCAGCGUGCAAAGGUGGCCCAGGUGGUAUUGACUGGUACCGAGGCCUGCAGCCCUUGCUUACCCAUGCAAAGACAAAAGGAGUGACAAGGGUGAAGCUCCAUCGCCAAUUUGCUGAAUUGUUGGAUGAGGAGCUCGGCAGUAGGGGAACUUCAGUUAUACCAGCUGGGGAAGCUUAUGGCAAAUGGAAAGGCCUGCAACAGACAGUUACUGAUAAGGAGAUAGUCUGGCCACCUAUAGUUAUCAUUAUGAACACGAGACUUGAGCAGGAUGAGAAUGACAAGUGGAUAGGAAUGGGAAAUCAGGAGCUUCUUGAUUAUUUUAGUUCAUAUGCGGCAGUCAAGGCUCGGCAUUCCUAUGGUCCUCAAGGGCACCGAGGAAUGAGUGUACUAAUAUUUGAGAGCUCUGCAAUGGGCUAUGUAGAGGCUGAGCGCCUGGAUGAACAUUUUCGCAAAGAAGGAACACAUAGGGAAGCUUGGGAGCGUCAUCGGGUGCUUUUCUCUGCGGGUGGUGAACGUCAGCUGUAUGGUUUUAUGGCAUGCAAAGAAGACUUGGACAUCUUCAACCAACAUUCUCAUGGCAAGGCGAAGCUGAAAUUUGAAAUAAAAUCCUACCAAGAAAAGGUUGUGGGCCCAAUGAAGCAAAUGAGUGAAGAUAAUCAGCAAUUGAUCUAUUUUAAAAACGAGGUGGUGAAAGAACAAAGACAUUCAAAGGCUCUAGAGGAAUCAUUUGGGGUAUUGAACGAUAAGCUGCGGAAGACUGUUGAAGAUAACCGCAUAGUGAGGCAAAGAACAAAAGUGCAGCAUGAACAAAACAAAGAAGAGAUGGACAACCAAGAGAAUUUUUUCAAGGAUCAAGUCAGCUUUAUUCAACAAUCUCUAGAGGAGAAGGAGAGAAACUUUGAGACGCAACUGCAGGUAGAACGUCAGAAAAUGAAGGAAUCAAAUAUGAAUUCCACAUCCAAAGAGGACCAGAAACUAAGGGGAGAGGAGAUGGCAAGAUUCAUCCAAGCCCAGGAAAAGGGUGUGGAAGAGUUUGAGGCAGAGAGAGAAAAGCUCAUAAGAUUGCAUGAGACCAAGAAGGCUGGGAUGAAGAAGAGGCAUUACGAAGAGGAGAUUGGGCUGGAAAAGGAAUUUGAAACUGUAAUGACUGAACUGAUGUCCAAAUACACUCCAGGUCACUCCAAGGAAGUCAAUGCCAGCAAAUCUCAGGUGUGCUGCGAUAUAUGAUGGGAACUGCUCUCACAGGAUGCAUCCCAGAAACUAGUACUCAUAAUAGCUCAGAAUAAGAGUGAACAUAUAGUUUUCUGUCUUUUUUUCUCUUUUACAUAGAACAGUUUUUACUGUGAAUAUGAUGUACAAAAAAGAAAGCAUAGUUUUGAAAACAAGCAUCAUUGGCUGGGGACAUGAAUGAAAGUUAUUUGCCUUGUUUGUAGGAA